CUUUUUCUGUCAGCGGCGUGAAAUGUGACUCAAUAGAAUGUCUCGAAACGCAGAGGCUGCCUCUCCUUUAUUUUCUCUGUUUUUGCUCCCCUUUUUAUUCUCCUUAUAUUCGCUCUUCUCUUUUCUAUUUAAACCCUUCUUAACACUUAUUCACACUCUCUCUUCCUCUCCUUCUCUCUUAGCUCAUUUUCUACUCCAAAACUAGUUAACUUCACCAUUUCUCUCUCUCACUUUUCAAACUUAGGGUUUCUGAAGAUCGACAUUGUUCUAAAACGUUAAUGGAAUUUUGAUUUAUACUAUCAACUCAAUAAUUUUGAUUUUAAUCUGUUUUUCUUUCUUUGAUUCAAAUGGAAUUUCAAUCAGCUAUACGAGAGAGAUAAUCAAACAGAGAAGUAAAUUCGACAUUAAUGGCGGCAAGUUCCGCCGGUGGAUUUACGACGCCAUUUUUAAGUAUCAAGCUUCAAAGUCUACACGACGACGUUUCGUUCCUUCGACUCCAUUGCCGGAGCUUCGAGCUCUCCGCAACUGGUGAACUUCGGCGUCACCGGAGGUUUUUCUCCGGCAUCGGCAACGGUGAAGAUGAAAAAGUAGGAGAGAGAGUACAACGAUUAGGCGGCUGCUGCUGCUCUUCAGACUCAGUCGUUCCGAAGAAAAGGCGCGAACAAUGGCGGCGGUUUGAUCCGAAGAAGGAUUCAAGUAUAGCUCGUAGAGUUCGUAGUCAAGCUUUGCCUUCUUUGCCUUUUACUUCUCCUACAGUUCGCUUUCAUUCUAAACCCCGUUGCACUCCACGUAACCCUGGUCCACAAUCUCGUGACACACCGCCCAAGAGAGACACUGGUAUCGCAAAUGAGAAAGAUUGGGGCAUCAACUUGGUAAAUGAAAACUUGAAUGAAGCCGGCAUCAAUGAAGAUGGAAGUACCUGGUACCGUGAAAGUGGUGACGAGCUUGGGGAAAAUGGGUAUAGAUGUCGAUGGACAAGGAUGGGUGGUCAGUCCCAAGAUGGCACUUCUGAAUGGAAAGAAACGUGGUGGGAGAAAAGUGACUGGACUGGAUAUAAAGAGCUAGGUGUUGAGAAAUCUGGAAGGAAUGCUGAGGGAGAUUCAUGGUGGGAAACAUGGCAAGAAAUGCUGCACCAAGAUGAGUGGAGUAAUAUAGCUCGGAUAGAGAGGAGUGCUCAGAAACAGGCUAAAUCUGGCUCUGAAAAUGCUGGAUGGUAUGAAAAAUGGUGGGAGAAAUAUGAUGCUAAAGGCUGGACAGAGAAAGGGGCACACAAAUAUGGCCGGUUGAAUGAACAGUCAUGGUGGGAAAAGUGGGGAGAGCAUUACGAUGGAAGAGGAUCUGUCUUAAAAUGGACGGAUAAGUGGGCCGAGACAGAACUUGGAACUAAAUGGGGAGACAAGUGGGAGGAGAAAUUUUUCGCUGGCAUUGGUUCACGCCAAGGAGAAACAUGGCAUGUAUCUCCCAGUGGUGAACGUUGGUCUAGGACUUGGGGAGAAGAGCAUUUUGGAAAUGGCAGCAAGGUACACAAGUAUGGCAAGAGCACAACAGGAGAGAGCUGGGAUAUAGUGGUAGUUGAAGAAACAUACUACGAGGCUGAUCCUCAUUAUGGAUGGGCGGAUGUUGUGGGAGAUUCAACGCAGCUGCUUUCAAUCGAACCACAAGAGAGACCUCCAGGCGUUUAUCCAAAUCCGCCACCACCACCACCGCCCAUUGACGAUGCUUCAGAUUUGUCACCUUCCUCAUGAUGAAGCAAAACAUUUUUCCUAGUUAGUUGGGAUAUAUUUGAUUCUAGUUAGUCUGAUACGUGUAAUUUGUUGUCCUGAUUGUAACGGAAUUGCAUAGAAUUUGAUUCUAAUAAGUUUGAUGUGUGAUUCACUGUCGCUGUUUUUCCUAGGGGUGAAAUUCACUGCCCUGGUUGUAAUGGAAUUGCAUAUCAUUCUUCUAUGAUUGAAUUAUUCUUUUUCCA